GUCGCCACUUGAACACCUGAACAAUCACGUUUUCUUCAUCAUCACGACAUCCCUGGACAUAGAGAAAUGCCUUUUGCUCAGCUUGUUGUAGGGAGCCCAGGCUCCGGCAAGAGCACCUAUUGCGAUGGCAUGCAUCAAUUUAUGGGUGCUAUUGGGCGAGCAUGCUCUGUGGUAAACCUUGACCCAGCGAACGACCAUACGAACUACCCCGUUGCAUUAGACAUCAGAAGUUUGAUCAAGCUAGAAGACAUUAUGCGAGACGACAAGCUCGGGCCAAACGGAGCAAUCUUGUAUGCUCUGGAGGAACUAGAACACAACUUCGAAUGGCUAGAAGAAGGGCUCAAAGAAUUCGACCAGGAUUACCUUCUUUUCGACUGCCCUGGUCAGGUCGAGCUCUAUACACAUCACAACUCACUGCGCAACAUCUUCUACAAGCUGCAGAAACUUGGCUUCCGAUUUGUUGCAGUCCACCUAUCCGACUCAAUAUGCCUCACCCAACCUUCAUUAUACAUUUCAAACGUCUUAUUAUCCCUUCGCGCCAUGAUACAGAUGGACAUGCCACAUGUAAAUGUCCUGUCCAAAAUCGACAAGGUGUCAUCUUACGAUGAGCUACCCUUUAAUCUUGAAUAUUAUACAGACGUUGACGACCUGACGUACUUAACACCGUAUCUGGAAGAAGAAUCCCCAGCUAUGCGCAGUGAAAAGUUUGGAAGGCUAAACGAAGCAGUCGCCAGCAUGGUUGAUAGCUAUGGGCUGGUGCGAUAUGAAGUUCUUGCUGUUGAGAAUAAGAAGAGCAUGACACAUUUGCUGCGCAUUAUAGACCGCGCAGGUGGCUAUAUUUUCGGAAGCGCUGAAGGAGCAAAUGAUACUGUAUGGGCCGUAGCUAUGAGAAAUGAAUCGUCAAUGCUUGAUGUGCCAGAUCUCCAGGAGCGCUGGGUGGACCAAAAGGAGGAGCAUGACCGCUUAGAGAUGGAGGCCGAAGAGCAAGCUAGGAGGGAGAAUGAAAAUGCCAUGGGAAUGGAUCUGGACCCAGCUCCAGCCAUGCCAACCGAAGGGGAGAUGGACCCAGAUUUCGGAGACAUGAGCGUCCCAGCUGAUAGUGGUGUUAAGGUGAGGCGAAAAUAGUGAUACCCAAUAGAAUAAAGCGUUCAGCCAUCGUCUUCAUCCGUAUCCAUUUCAUCAAUAGGGUCGACGGCAUUUUCGAGCAUGCUAUUGUCUUCUUGGCCGGACAUUGCAGUGAAGAAUCCCGCAGUUGAUCUGUUUGACUUGGCAGCUAGGAUGAGGGUUCGUGCCUGGCGGAUGGCCUCUUCCUCUGCCUUGCGAAUGGUUCCACUGACACGGACAACUUUGAAGGUACAUGGACGACCAUCUUUAACUGGAACAUGGUCCAUCAUUGUCAGUGCUGCCCAUAACAUCUGGUAAUUUGCUCUUCCGCAUCUAAGGAUGAAGGUUGACGUUGCGAGCGACAUGUAUUUUACUAUGAAUAGUUAGCGCCUAUUUUCAUUACUUCAAGAGCCAACACAUACCUGAGAGAUUCCCUUCCAAUGAUCCUACACCGAAAUCGCCAAACAACGAGCUAACUUCGGCUUUGAUAGCCUUUGUUAAUAACUGUGGCGUAAGCUUUUCAACUGUCGGCUGAUGCUGAACAAUCGGUAACGGCAGCAAGGCAUUUUUGUCUUUGUUUUCCACCGGCGGGUAGAGAAUAUGGACCAAAAGAUAUCUCUCUUUGAUUCUGACCAUUUUUAUUGCACCAAUGAAGGGCUAAAUCCAGAAUCCUGCUCAACUCGUAAUGGCGGAAGGCAAUGUGC